CUGUUUUGUGGUAAGUCGCGGUGCAGGUCUCCACAUGUUCAACACAUUAUAAAUUAAAAAAAGAUUAUGGCCUUGCCGUGGCCAACCGGUAGGGCACUCGCCUACCAUGCGGCUGACCCAGGUUCGAUUCCCGGCCCGUGUCCUUUGCCAACCCCUCCCCGUCUCUCUCCCAAUUCGCUUCCUGUCCACCUCUCACACUGUCCUAUCAAAUGAAGUCGAAAAAGACCAAAAAAAUCUUAUAAAGAUUAUGCUUCAUUUUGUGUGGCUCCAUCCAUGUUAGAUAGGCCCAUUCAUUCACACAUGAAGUCAUCAGCAUCUGAAUUGACCUCUGGCUCCUCCUAGCCCUCGUGACACUGUGCGAUGUCACUCCAGACUGGACUGCCUGACACUUCAGAGGACAAUGAGCCCCUAGUGUUGUCCACUUGUGAAUGCCAUUAUUGACACUGGUUAAUAAAAUCAUUGUUCGCUCUUAGAAUAAUACAUAUAAUAGUAAAUCACUCUUAGCCCCCCCUUCCUCCCUCCCCCCAUCAGGUUGUCAUCGUCCCCAUGGUACCGUGUUAUAUACAGUAGUAGACUGUGUGUUCUACAGUAGCAUAUAGUCAUGUCCUACCUACACAAAAGAACCUGUUGCAAUAGCACCAUCUAGGGCUGGUGGGGUGAGGAAAAUCCACAGCGCUGUGGACAAAGUUUGAUAGAUUCACAUUGCACUCUGGAUCAGGAGCUGAUAGGAGAGAGGUCUCUCUGCUUGACGUCUUGAUAUCUGCAAGAGGUGAGGUCACUUGUGUUCGUUUAGGACAGUGUCUGUACAGUACCUGCGGUGAGGGCUGGUAACCAGGGAGCUCUGGCUACUGUAGGGUGUACUGUACUGUACAGUAUAGUGCCAUGGCAACGCUGGCCUGCUGAGGCUGUCGCGGUGACGUGGUGAUGCCUGCCAGUUAUGGGAGCAACUGGAAGUGUUAAGAAACCGAGAGAUUCUUCUAACCGUCCCGACCAGGAGGGAGUCAUGGAGGGGACUCAUGCAACUACAGGCCCCAAUAACACGGAGGAGUUCAAAGUUCAGAUGGCGAAGCACAACAACCACGCCCCCCUGCGGCCGCCAAGCGAGCGCUCCGCAGACCGGGCAUCGAAGCGGCUGUCACAGGACUCCAACGGCCUAAGCGAGGGCGGGGCGAGCGGGUCACGCACCCCUGUGGAGGUGACCGCACUGGAGGAGGCCUUCCGGCGCUUCGCCAUCCAUGGAGACACGCGUGCCACCGGCAAGGAGAUGCACGGCAAGAACUGGUCCAAACUCUGCAAAGACUGCAACGUCAUCGACGGCAAGAACGUCACGCUCACCGACGUCGACAUCGUUUUCUCUAAAGUCAAGAAGAAAUCCAGCCGCACCAUCACCUACAAUGAGUUCAAAGACGCUCUGACAGAGCUGUCCAGGAAGCGUUUCAAGGAGAAGAACAACGAAGAGGCCGCAGAGGAGGUCUUCAAGCUGAUCGAGGGCAAAUCACCCAUCAUAGCCGGAGUCACUAGAGCUGUGGCCUCUCCCACAGUGUCGCGUCUGACCGACACGACCAAGUUCACUGGGUCCCACAAAGAGCGCUUCGACGAGAUGGGCAGGGGGAAGGGCAAGGCUGGCCGCGUCGACAUCCCGGACACCAGGGGUUACGUAUCGGGCUACAAACACGCAGGCUCCUACGAGAAGAAAACAGGCCCAAGGGGCAAGCCGGAGUGAAGUGCCACCGGGGUCAAGUCAGUUACCAGAGUUAGCAGAGAAAACAAUGACAUCGUAAAUCUCAUCCCGAACUAUCCUCUGUCUGUGUCUUGCUCCAAACACACCAAACCAGAAAAAAAGCACAAGGAAAUAUUUUCCAUUUCAUGUUCAUUGUUUAUCAUUAUUAUUUGUGAUUGAGAUGUGGUUCAGGUUCCUUUUUUUUCCUGUGAUGUUUGAGAACUGGAACGUCUUUUACAUCUACUACACAAAGACAUAACAUCGCCAGCCAUUCCUAAACCAAAACCAAGCAACUGUCAAACCAUGAGGAACCACCACAGGGGGUAAAGCAGUAUGAAUUAUAUAGGGUGCAUUCAAAUAUGCGACCUUGCGUCCUCCACUUGUGCUUGUGGCCUCAUCCCGCCUCCGUGGAGAAAACAAUCAAGUUUCCCAGCUGUCACCCUAGUCACAACAACUUUUGGGGGACUGUUUUUCUUUCACCAUCCAGUUUGCAAAUGAGAAAAGGGCUUUACAAUUGAGUUUUUGCAAGAAGAAAGAAAUAGAAUGCUGUUGUCCAUGAUGUCAUUAUGACAUAUUACUUCCUGGUACGAGGCCACAAGCACAAGUGGAGGACGCAAGGUCGCAUAUUGGAACUCGCCCACAGUCUUACUAAUGCAAUAGGGCCUUACACUGACUGACAACAGCUAUGAAGACUACAUAGUACGCCGAGAAAAAAACAGAAAUUCUAUUAUAUUGCACUUUUUUGUAUAUUGGUCCUGCCUCUAUUCAUUUUUCAAGUCGUUUAACUGUAGAAAUGAUUCUGUUUAUUUAAACUUUCAAGCUUCAUCAUUUCCCUGUAAAAGUAGUUGGAGUGGUGGAUGUUUAUGAUUUCUGAUAAUGGUUCACAGGUGUCUCCUCGCCCUGAUGUGCAUACCAGUUAGGUAACUGGGGGAAGGGUGUAAGUCCUCAGAAACCACUAUUCACAGAUGUUAAGCACUUAAUCUUGUCGUUCACUGACUUGGUUUGGAGUCACAUAUCACUAAUAUACCAUAGUUGUGUUUAAUUCCUUAGAAAGAUAGAUCUGGCUUUUGUAUGCUUUAUUGUUGAAGAAGACGUAAGGUUUUCUCAAUAUUGACAGAAAACUAGUGCUGUGUCAUUCAUUCAUGUAAGGUUUCACUUUGGUUUUGAACAAAUAGAAUAAAACUUGUUCCCCAACAACCACUAACCACCAUAAGUGGUCUGUGGUUUAGUCAAUUAUUUAAUUUCAAAACACAACAGUACAUUUACAACUGGAUGCCACUAGUGUUGGGUACUGCUAAGUAUUGCAUAUUAGAAAAAAAAACUGUCAGAUUCAUGAAAAUGAACACAGGAGAAGGUAUGGUGUUCAAGAUUGUAAUUUUAAAAUAUAUAUAUUGUUGCUUUGAGUCAUGUUGGUCUUAAUAUUUAUGGAAUGCUAGUAUAUGGUAUGCUAAAACGUUAGCUUGAACUAAAACACUGGCUGCAUAUUUGUCUUUUCUGUGCAUUUUGCAGUGCAUUGUGAACUGUACCAACGCCACAGUACAUUACAGUAUGACUUGUAAAUUCCAGGAGGAUGCAUCACAAGAGCAAAAAGUCCAAAUGCUAGUGCCCAUUGCCAUUUUCUGUGGAAAGAUAACCUGUUCAUUAUGUGAUCUUGAUAUUUGUGUCAAAGCACAACAUAAAGCCUGAAAUUUAUUCACCAAAAUAGUUUAGUUUUACUAUGGUAGAUUAGUUAAAUUUUACCUCCACUCUGUUAAACCAGCAUAUGGUACACACACAUUUUACUACUUUUCUAACAAGCAAAUUAAUUACAGUUUUAUACAUUUCAUACUUUGGCACUUUGCUACAUUUUGAACUAUGUGCAAUUUAUACGAUGACACAAAAAGCCACAAUGUUUAUAGUCGACAGUCGGCUUCUACCUAAAUGGCCAAAUUUAUAGCAGUUUUAGAUACACAGGGUAAAGACGACAGGUGUCAUUAUAUCUGUUUAUUUCACAGUCGUUAUCUUUUCAGAACUCUGACAUCUAAACAUAUCCAAUAAUACUAUGGGCCAAAUUUUUCGCAGAGAUAUUAACUGACAGAUCUUUUGAUUGAAGGAAAAGGGAAUAAUGUGUACAGAACUAUUCUUCUACGGAACAUCUAUUUUUCACACAUCGCGACAUACUGUUCCUCCCAUAGUCAUUGCCAGUAGUUUACCUAGAAAGUGACAUGUAUUUAUAUUGAAAAAAGUAAAAACAUUACUGUACUAGCAGUUGGAAGUAUUUAAUGUAUGAUUUUUGAUGUUUGUGUGCUUACUGCCAAAUAUUGUACACCAUUUGUUUUAAGGAACAAUACUGUCUUAUUUUUCAGAUAACUUUUUUUUUCUAACGGUCUUGUGCCCUGAUGCAUGUUAUCUGGUCAUGUUACGGUACUUUGGACCUCAAAGUAUGUGUGUAUGUCCCAGUUUUGUAGCAUUGUUGAGAAUAAAAAAGUGGAAGUCUACUGUA